CUUCAUAAUUCUAUCAGUGAGCACGUUUCUUUAACCGUCGAUCUCUUCGUCCGUCCCAUUUUAAUCUGAAAAAAAAUCGCAAAAAGAAAGAGAAGUGAGAUAAGAAAAUUCUCACGAUUAUAAAGUCAUCUACGGAAUACUGAUCGCACCAGUGUUAAACGAGAGAGGAAAAAGAAAGAUAGAACAAGUGCAACAAACUGAAUACAUAUAUGUAUAUAUAUAUAUCAUAAGGAAUAUUGCAGAUAUAAAUGCUAUAAUGUUGGUGCCGUUGGCCGUGGUACUUUUUGCAGCGUUGGUGUACGCCCAACCAGCUAUAAAUGAAAUUCGGCCACAAAGCAACAGGCCAGGAAGAUUCCUGUCUCUUCCUAUACCUCAAAAAUGUGCAAACCGACCGAAAGAAUUCAAUUAUAGAGGACACAACUAUUUCUACAGCGGACAUAUUCCCGCUCACGCAAAUCAAAGGGUGGAUUGGUUGGAUGCUAGAAACAUUUGCAGAGAAUAUUGUAUGGAUCUUGUUUCAAUGGAAACGCAAGAUGAAAAUAAUUUAAUCUUCAGACUCAUUCAACAAAAUGAUGUUCCUUAUAUUUGGACUUCUGGACGUCUUUGUGAUUUCAAAGGUUGUGAAAAUCGUCGUGACCUCGAACCUAAAGCUCUUUACGGAUGGUUCUGGUCGGCCAACAGAAAGAAAAUGUCACCAACAAAUCAAAUCCCUGAAGGUUGGUCCUUCAAUCCAUGGUCUCAAACUGGACACAAGAAAGUUAGACAACCUGAUAACGCUGAAUUUGAUAUAAAUGGCACCAGCGAAUCUUGCAUGUCUAUUCUUAACAAUGUUUAUAAAGAUGGAAUCAGUUGGCAUGAUGUGGCUUGCUAUCACCAGAAACCAUUUGUUUGUGAAGAUUCCGAAGAACUUUUGAACUACGUGGCCAGCACUAAUCCCAACAUUCGCCUUUAAAGGCUUCGUGAAUAAAUAAUCUACGUCAUUAGCACCUGUUUUACCCGUUUCUCUUGUAGUUUAGACGAGACACGAAUUAAAAACAGACAGAAAACAAAAAACGAUCGUCAAAUAUUUUCUAAUUAAAUUAACUGUCUGUUUAAUUUUAAAAUAUUGUUUCUGUCAUAUUAACAUAUUUACAUAUUAAAAGUUUAAAUUGAAUUUUAAAUAUUUAGAUUUACUAAAUGUAAAAUAAAAUAUGACAAAAUAAUAAUAAAAAUAAUUAAUUAUAUAUAUAUAGUUAUUAAAAUACACAGUACUUAUAAUUGAAUAUAUAAAAGAAAUAAGUUUGCUUUACUGAUAUAAAGACAAUAUUUAUUAUUUACAGAUUAAAUUACAAAAUUUUGUAUAAAAAAAUUUGUAUGAACUUCAAUAUUAUUGAAAAACUAUAAUUAUAAUUUUUCAAAAGCAUUUAAUUAUUUUUUUAUUACAAUACAAAUAUUACAAUUAUUAUACAUACAUGUUAUACAUGUAUUAAAAAUAUUUGUUGAGCAAUCAUAAAUAGCAUUGGAAUGUGUCUCGUCGCUGUACUCUUCCUGCACUCAUUUUUCAAAGAAAUUCAAUAAUCUUUAUACGUUAUAUUCAAUUCGUAAUUAUGCUAUCAAUCAAUAAUAAUAUAAAGAUAUUUAUUAAUAGAUAUUUGGCAGACUCUGUACAUUUAUGAAUAAACUUUAAUUAUAGGUAUUUAAAAAA